AACAAAUGGUUAAUCUUUUAAAGCUAUUUGAAGAAAUUACAAGACACAUUUGUAGAUUGAAGUAUCCUACUUUGAACCUUGUAUAUCUCUAUAUUAGAACUUUAAAAAAUAAUUUUGUGCCUAAAGUUGAAAAUGAGAAAUUAUUCAAGGCUUGGAUUAAUCUAAUUUACGGUACAGAAGAUUCGGAUACUGGUACUAAUUCAAGCCUUAGUAGUGAUAAUGAAGCUGAUAUACCAUCAGCAGAAAAUUGGUGA